GGCAAUUUAGCAACAGGCAGAAGUAGGCAUAGACUUGAGUCUAGGUAAUCUGUGGGACCUAAGGAAGGUUAGAAGUAAGUGUAGUGAGGGACAAAUCCCAUUCUCACAUUUAAAAAUUGUGUUAGAGGAGGACUGAUUGAAAGUGUUCUUUCAUACUGAAAGGAAGUUGAUUCAUGUUAAAAGUCCAUGUGAAAAACUGGUGGCAACAAAUUUGAUUUACAGCAUAUAUGAUUUCACAAAUGAUAGUCUCUUAAGAGUUAGAAUGCACCAUCACAAUACUGGAUACAGAAAUAAUUACUAUCCACACUAAUCUAGUUGACAUUUGGUGCAGUGGCUGAAGGGAGCGGCCUUAAAGGCAUUUCCAAUUUAUAGUCACUUUGAUCAGACACUUCGCUGAGUGUCUCCUUGGUCUACAUGGAUUAUAAGGAUGCAUAAGACUAUUCUUGCACGUGGGUCUUUCACAAAGAUUUUCAGAUGUUGGAGUUCCUUUGUUCUUGGCCUGUGACAUUUCGUGGAGCAUUGGUGCUUUUGUUAACAUGGAGUGGAAUCUUACAUGUUGUAACAAACAUCCAACUGGUAAAGUUCACGGCUUGACCAGAUGUCCAUCUCAGGUGAAUGUCAAUCAUUUGAAAUCCUUGUCACACACAAUGCAGACUCAGGACAGUGAAAAACUGGUAGCUAUCAGCCCAAAUGUGUCUGUGUGCAAAGAGGUGUCAGAGUGCCUCAGCAGCUGGUUUAACUACUUACAGAUGCUAAAUGGCCUCUGUAGUGCUGGUUCAAGACUAUCAGAGGCUCUUGGGGGCAUGGUACGAGACACAAAUUCUCCAUCAUAUGCCAUUGCAGUCCAGUGUCACUCUGCAUGGGAAGAAUUAGUGAAGGCAACUGCAGCUGCCACUUCAGCAGUAAAAAGUCAGGUUACUACGACUUUGCAGGACGUCAAUAAUCAAGAUAGCACUGAAAGUAGUCAGGUGGUUUGUGGCAGCCUCAUGACAUUUGUGAAGCUGCAGCAGCAGUUCUGUGCUUCGUGUAGCGAAUUCUUGAGCUCUGUGCCAACGUGCAGCUGUAGCUCCUCCCAUGACCCUGACUGUGGCAUCGGUGUACUACAGCAGAGUCUGGCACGUAUGUAUGCCCCAGUGCCACCGUGGCCACAACGCAGAUGGUCAGAGGCUGCAGCUACCGACCUUGGGGGAGAGGGGGAUGCAACUGCUCCUCGCCGCUGGUCUGUCCCAUGCCCACCCCAGCGGGGAGCUGCCAAACUUGGAGUUCCUUCACAGGACCGAAGCCGAUCUGCUACUCCAGAUUCAGUGUGGCGGAGCUCAUUGGCAAGCCAAGAUGAGCUUCAGGAGGUCAUACAGUUGUUGUCUGUGCAACCUCAACAGGCAACACAACUGCAUCAUCCAAGUAUGCACAUGCCAGGAGUCACCUUAACAAACUGCUCUGGAGAUGGAAACUUGCCUGAAUCUGGUACUGGCUGGGGUGAAGGACACUCAGAAGAGCGGCGGGCAAGUGCACCAUUGAGAAACAAUAGUGGCUCUCCACAACCUUCACAAAGCACUCAUCGAGCUAGUUGGCAUGCUCCAGAUCCUCAUUCUUGCACGUGGGGAGAGCAUGAGCUGUUUCCUCCAGCACUAGACCCAGCAAAUUUUGCAUCCCGUAAAAGCAGCUCUUCUACAGAUUCAUCUUCCAGUCAUUCAUUGCACAGUCGUUCAACAACAGGGUCCGAGGGUGGUGCAGAAGUUCGUGCACAUUUAUACUCAAUGUGGAGUGGUGGUGAUAUGGCUUUCAUGAGGGUGCCAGAAUCAGCUGAGUUACCAGAUGGUCCAAGUCAUACUGAUAAUUGAACUUAAAAAAACUUUUAACUAUAAAUGUUGUGUGCAUGUGAUUUUAAAGGUACAAAUUAUGAGAUUGUUUAAUAUAGUUUAUGAAUGUUCAUAUUUCUUCUUUAUAAACUGUGGUGCUAUACCAUUGCAGAUGUCACCCAUAAUAAAAGAGAUCUUCCUUAUUGCUA